AUGGCGAUGAUGAUGACUGGCCGUGUGCUGCUGGUGUGUGCCCUCUGCGUGCUGUGGUGCGUCACUGUUUUUGGAAUUGCAAGGGACGAUCGCUGCGUUGAGGGUGAUGGGAACGUCUUGACGCACACGCAUAAUGGAGGAAAUGAUAGGGUGCGCCUGAAGGCGGGUUGCGGGUUGAUUUCCACCCGAAUGGGAUUAAUAAAUGCGGUUGCAGCUGGAGACGGCAGUGAAGGUGGAACUAGUAAUGCCCCAUUGGACAGUGUGGGAGGAACAUCGCCUGGUAGUCUGCUGGCUGGUAUUGGGGGCAAUGCAGCGCCUGGUGCAGGAGGAGGGAAUGGUGCCGCAGGUGCAGCAACACCAUCCCUGCCGGUGUCUGGGCCUGGAGUGUCAGGGACAGGUGAUGAAGGCGGGCAGUUACCUGCGGCUGAUCAAAAAUGGAAUGAAAAAAAUAAAGUGAAUCCCGGCAGCAAUGCGGCAGCUGACCCCCAAGAACAAACCAACGAUCAAUUGUCCUCUCCAUCUGGCAGCAGUCCCACUCGUUCUGGUGAAAACCCCUCUUCCAAGGAUACUGAUGAAAUUAACCAAUUGCCCAAGGGCACGGAGACAAAGGGAGAUGCCGAUCGUCAGGAUAAAAAUGGAAGUGAUGAAGCGGUAGAGGAAGAGGAUGGGGACAAAGACAAGGGAAAAAAACAAGAAAAAAACACAUUACAGCCCGAGACACAAGAGGGUCAACAUAAUGGAGGAGGAACACCACCACCAUCAUUACCCGCACUACCACUGCCACUACCGCCAUCGGGUGUACCUGCACCAUCAUCAACAACAGGUGAAGGAAGCCCACCAACGGAACCAAAAAACUCACAGAAUCAAAAAAAAGUAACGAACGAAGCCACGCCGUCAGGACCCAAAAUGGAAUCCGAAGCACCGGAACAGCCUUCAGGGGAUGCUACACAAGGGCAGCACAGUCAUGACACGGACACAGAGGAUUCGACGAAGAAUGCAGCAGCCGGCAGUCCAGCAGAACCAACAUCCUCAUCUACCUCUACAAGUGGCAGCGGUGAUCAUUUCCAGAAUAAGGCAGAUGAGGAUGAUGCUCAAAGCUCUGAAGGACAACACGACAGCCUUGAAACUGGCAAUACCAACGUUGUUCCAACACUCAGUGAGACAGCACCACAAACAGCAAAAACAAUCACCGCCCGGAUAAAUGGUACGGCGACGCCUGGCGACAGUGACGGCAGCACCGCGGUUUCCCACACCACCUCCCCUCUUUUGCUUCUUCUUGUUGUUGCGUGUGCGGCUGCAGCUGUGGUGGUGGCCGCGUGA